AUGAUUGCCAUCUCAACACCUCGAAGAGAAGACUCCUUCCAAACUAGUUUGGUUGCUCUUCCCAGGUCCGCAUCCGAUGUCAACGUCCACGAUCUGACAUCUCCUAUUCCAUUGUCGGCAUUCGGUCCUCCUUCAUCGUUCACACCAAGAUCCUUUUCUGGCACUCGUAGCAAUAAGAGGGCGAGAUUGACCAGAUCUGUGAGCUUGGAACAAGAAUCGUCCUUUUCGAUGUAUACUAUGAAAUUUCUUGGAGGAAUGGAGGAAUUGGAGGGUAUGUGGAGCUCUCCUUAUUCCAACAGUGCCGAGGUUACACGAAGCUUUGGGGAUAUACGAGCUCAGCAGACUAACCCGCCAACAGAGAUUUCCGUCCCAGAGGACUCCGGUGACGAUACCACCACCAGCGGUGCAAGUCUUCUAUCGAGAACCAAUACGACUUCUACUGGCAGUCUGUGCUUCCAAAUUCCUGAAGAGUCAAACGCUCUCCUGCCUCACGCGACAUCCCUUACAACAUUGUCUACCUACACACUAAGUUCCAAGAGUAUUUUGGAAGAGUACGAUGUACCCAAGAACUUUUCUAUGGUCUGGCCGGGUGUCUAUCGAAGCUCUUUCCCCGCAGAGGCCAACUUUUCCUAUCUCAAAAUGCUCAAGCUGAAAACCGUUCUGACCUUGAUCCCUGAGAAGUACCCUCAAGCGAAUGUUGAGUUCAUGCAGCAGAACGGUAUACAGCACAUCCAAAUUGGAAUCCGAGCCAACAAGGAGCCGUUUGUUGAAGUUCCUCUUGAUAAGAUCACUAAGGCCGUGAGUGUCAUUUUGGACAAACGAAAUCAUCCAAUCUUGAUCCACUGCAAUAAGGGAAAGCAUCGAACUGGCUGUAUUGUUGGCUGCCUUCGCAAAAUCCAAAAAUGGACUCUAUGUAACGUCUUUGACGAGUAUCGACGUUUCUCCCACCCGAAAGAACGAGUCCUAGACGAGCAGGUUAUCGAGCUCUGGGAAGAAUCCCAGGUACUUGUCAUGGCGAAAGAAAACGGAUGGGUUAGAUAA